AGUUGUUGCUGAUCCUAACGACACAGAAAAUAUCAUACAUGUAAGUUAACUUGAAAAAAAUAUGCUCUGGAUUUCACUGCUAUAAUGUUUUAUGACUGGAACCGAAAUCUGCAUAUAUUUAGCUCAAAAAUAUCCAAGAUGUAAUUAGUUGCCUUUUCAGUUCUUAUAGUUUAGCUUUUUGUUGUUGUUUUUAACCGCCACGCCCACUCCUCUUUUUGGAUUAGUACUUUCAGACUUCUAGAGAUGAAGUGAGGGGUUUGUUGUGUCGGGGUCUUGAAAAGAACCCGCUCCACGGGGAAUUUUCUUUUGAGCUGUGAAGUAGAAGACGUGUUUUGGACGCAAAGUGGGCAAAGGAUUCGGCUUUUACGCACGCGUGCCAUUCCCCGCUUGCGCUUUCCCCCAGCUCUGCGCUCCAGGAUCCAGACAGAGAUGGAAGGAGGAAAGGGGAGCGUGGAGGGACAGGGGGUGUCUCACACUCAAGGUGACUCCAGCAGGCGGGGGCACACGCUUCCCCGGGAAUAGAAAGCAGGAGGCAGCAUGCCCUCCUGGCCCAAUGACUCGCAGUGCCUUUCGCAUAACUCCAGCUGGGAGGAGACGCACAACGGCAGCAGGGAUGCUGACCCCCCGCUGCCCCCUCUCAAUUACUACUCCAUCCCACUCCUGGCCGUCAUCACCAUCGCGUGCACGCUCUUGUUCCUAGUUGGGGUGACGGGAAACGUCAUGACCAUCCUGGUGGUCAGCAAGUACCGGGACAUGCGCACCACCACCAACCUGUACCUGUGCAGCAUGGCGGUGUCCGACCUGCUCAUCUUCCUGUGCAUGCCGCUGGACCUGUACCGCAUGUGGAAGUACAGGCCGUGGCGCUUCGGGGACGCGCUCUGCAAACUCUUCCAGUUCGUGUCAGAGUCGUGCACGUACUCCACCAUCCUGAGCAUCACCGCCCUGUCGGUGGAGCGCUACCUGGCCAUCUGCUUCCCGCUGCGCGCAAAGGCUCUGGUCACCAAGCGGCGCGUCCGCGGCCUCAUCUUCUUCCUGUGGACGGUGUCGCUGCUGAGCGCGGGCCCCGUGUUCGUGAUGGUGGGAGUGGAGAUGGACGGCUUUGGGGGGGCUAACUUCAGUGCGUGGUUUAGUAAUGUGACUGGCUCGUUCCUGGAGGUGGAGGACACUCGGGAGUGCAGGAUGACGCAGUACGCCGUGGACUCGGGGCUGAUGGAGGUCAUGGUGUGGCUCAGCUCCGUGUUCUUCUUCAUGCCGGUGUUCUGUCUCACAGUGCUCUACAGCCUCAUAGGCCGCCGGCUGUGGCAGAGGCACAGAGAGACAACCAUGACCUCCCGCGUCUCUCACAGGGAUAAAAGCAACAGGCAGACCAUCAAGAUGUUGGUGGUGGUGGUGCUGGCGUUUGUUCUCUGCUGGCUGCCCUUCCACGUGGGUCGCUACCUGCAGUUCCGCUCCCUGGACGCGCCGUCCCCGCUGCUGUCGGUGCUGUCCGAGUACUGCAGCCUGGUGUCCGUGGUCCUCUUCUACCUGAGCGCCGCCAUCAACCCCGUCCUCUACAACACCAUGUCCUGGAAGUACCGCGGCGCGGCGGCGCGCCUCUUCGGCCUGACCGACGGCCAGCCGCCGCGGGGGCGCACGACCAGCACCGUGAAAGGAGACAACUCCAGCGGCUGGACGGAAUCUACAACCAGCUUCUAGCAGGACUGUCAACAUGUCUCGUUUUUAUUGAAAACAAAUAUAUAAAUAAUCACCAGAAAGCCAUAACAGCCGUUAGAGAUCGAUGGAGAUAUGAGCGCCUUUUGAGGAGGUCACAAGGUCAACACGUCCAAACAGAAAUAUUUCAAUUACCUGUAAGCUGUUAGUUUCAAAUGUCCUUCUCGGAUUAUCUCAGCAAGUGCCAUACACUUCACACAACGCGAUCAUUUUGAGGCAGAACUGAUGAAUGCACGGAGCCAAACGCUGCUGCUGCAGGACUGCUGUACAGUACUGGGGUAUCGCAGACACUUACAAAUGCCUUAUAUUGUAUUCUGGAUGACAAAGAAAGCACUGUAGAAUUUGUGGCGCUGCUCUGCGCUCCUUCAGAGAGGCGCAGCGUGCGCGCCGUGUGCCUGAGAGAAACAUGCAGUAUCCUGUAUGUUUGCAUGUGUGUGUCGUGUCGUUAGAUGUUGGACACAUUGUAAUCAGUUUCAAUCACUACUAAAUAACAGUGACUGACGUUUUCUAGACUAAGUCACUGUCUUUUUUUGUUUAUUGCUAAUUAUUUCUUGUUAUUAUGCUUUUCCAAAGCCCCUUAGACCCUGGGGAGCAUUAGGACUGGUCAGGUUAAUGCAUAAGACGAUAAAAAUCAAUAUAUCCCUGGUCACAAACCUCUAAAUCUGUUUUAUCAGUCAAUGUUUGGAAGAUGUGGGUCUUCAAGCACCACAUGUGUGAUCAGGCGACUUCAUAUCAGAAACCUUAACUCAAAAUACAAAACCAGCUCCUCUUCUCCAAACUCUUCUGUUAAUCCACUCAGUGCUCAAUGUAUAGGUCAUUUGUCUGAUUUGACAACAAUCAAUAUGCUCUGACAUUCAGUAUGAUUCAUCAUGCCUGAUGCUAUAAAAACGACUUCAAAUAUUAGAUUCCCUCCGGCUUUGCCACAAAGUCAUUCCCACUCCCAAAACUGAACACACAGUGUUCUGUUUUUGUCUUCAAUGGGAAUACCAUGCAGUGUCUUAUUUUUCCUGUUUGAUCCUUUGUUUUAUUGGAAGCUGUAAAUUAUUCAUGGUUGAUCAAACAUAAAAAACCCUGAAAUAUCCCAUUUCAAGCUCCAACCGCAGUGUUUAUAAAGAAAUCAAUUUAACCUGCCUGCACUUCAAGAAUGUAUUAGAGACUGAGAAAGAACAACAGUUUAGAAAAAGUGUGCCCUGUGUUGUUCCAUCCCAUGGAUCAAUGAACAAUCAGUAAAUACAGAUGCUGGUCUUGCUUUAAUUUGUAAAUAGAUGCUUUGCAAAGGUUAACACUCCAUGCUGCACAACUGGGGGGUUUGCAUCAGUCCUGAACGCCGCAGCAGCUGCAGCAUUAAAAACACGCCCUCCUGGAAGUGAAGGAGAUAUUUCUGUGAAAUGAAUGCACACGCUGAUGAAAGGACGUGUUAUUUAUGAUUCAACUGAAUGUAUAGUGAUGAAAAGAGUAAAAACUAAUUUGUUUUUCUCCUUUUUAUGUCUG